CCUUGGUACUUGUAGCCAAUGACUUUCUGCGUUUGCUGAGAAGUGAUCCCUAGUGAUGCAACAUGGCGCAGACCUCCUGUGGACUACGAGUUAAAUGAGAUGCAUAAACCCCUUGUGAUUAUGCUGUUGUUAGUUACUAUCUGUGUAAUACGAGCUAGUAAUUGUCUACCACCGUUACGAAUGAGAGGAGGGACAUCACCGAAUGCGAUUUACGUAAUGCAUCAGUUGAGCGAUGGUAUUCUUCGACCCGACAUCGACUACGCGCGCCGUCCAAGGGUGGCAGCGCAUGUCAUUCGCUCACGUCUUGCGGGCAAUCUCUUGAAUCCUUUCUGAAGGCCCGAGUGAAAAAUGGAAACUCAAGGGAGCUGCACAAACGGAAUGUAAGGACAAACGAUCAUCAAACUCUCUAAUGACACCAUGAGACCCUCAGGCAGCACUCAAAUGAUUAUCAUAUCAC